UUUUUACUUUCUCUCCUUUCUUCUCCAAACUUUCAGGUUCGAUCUCUCCAAAAAUUUGAACUUCUUUUCGAAUUCAAUGGGAAGCGGAAGAUAUUUAGACGACCCUUUAACCUUCACCAGAAACCCACCAUCUCCGUCGUCUCCCAUCACCGUAUCCAACCAUCUCGACAGCUUUCUCGGCGAAUCGACCUCUCGCUCUGGAAGCUUCGAAAGUGAGAGCAUUAGCGACGCCGAUCUCGGACCUGAGAAACUCGCCGGGACCGUUCAGUUCUACGAGAGACAUGUCUUCUUGUGCUACAAAAAACCCUCCGUCUGGCCAGCGAGGAUCGAGGCGUCCGAGUUCGAUCGGUUACCGAGGCUUCUCUCUUCCGUCGUAUCGGCAAGGAAGAGUGACAUGAAGAAAGAGAAUUGCUGUGAUGCAAGUGCUCUUAGGAGGUUGACUCAUUUUGAUGUCGACACUUUUGUUGAAGAGGUGCUUGUGAAGGGUGUUGAGUGGCUGCCUGGGAAUCCUGAAUCUCUAACUGGUUCAUAUGUCUUUGUAUGUUGCCAUGGAUCUCGCCACCGUCAAUGUGGGGUUUGUGGACCGUCUCUGGUUAGUAGAUUUAGAGAAGAAAUUGAAUUAUGUGGUCUUGGAGGGGAAGUCUCGGUCAGCCCUUGUUCUCACAUAGGUGGUCACAAAUACACUGGAGAUGUUAUCAUCUAUGGAUUAAACGUCAACCAGAGAAUCACAGGACACUGGUAUGGGUUUGUGACUCUAGAAGAUGUACCUCAACUGUUGGAGCAACAUAUUAACAAAGGCGAAAUUAUAGACCGGCUUUGGAGGGGAGAAAUGGGUCUGUUCGAAGAAGAACAGAAGAAAACUCAAGAACAAAGGUUCCAAGAACUAAAUGGCGAAAAGAUCAACAACGUGGAGGUGACUCAAGAAUCAGAGAAUAACAGUUUCUGUUGCCAAUCUCGAGCUGUACCAGACCUUAAUGGUAACUGUUGCCAACAAAAUGGGAACUCUUCUCUCUGCUUGGAGGAGAAUCGAGUUACCUCGGAAAAUGAAGUCUCUGUAAAAAAUGCAUCUUUGCGGAUAAGUAGCAGCGAGAAAGGAUCUUCUUGUGGACUCAAGGUUUGUGCUGCGUUGUCAACGUGGUUUGAGAAUUGGGAGAAAGAAGAUACAUAUGCUGCUUUAGCUGUUGCUUGUGCUGCUGCAUCUGUGGCUAUUGCUUUUAACUGCUAUAAACAAUUGAAAUGAAUCAAUUUGUUAUGUAUCUUACUUCCUUGGAAUAGUGAUUAUUAUCUCAGCCCCUUAGUUUAGUUUAUAUUCUUCUUCGUCUGUAUAGAGUUAGAGAGGAGGGUUUUUAUCACUUUAUGUAAGAACUGUUUGUUCUCAAUAUAUAAUGUUAUCCAAUUUGUAAAAAUUAA